AUGUCUAUGGUGACGUGUGUUACAACAUUAUCAAAUUUAUCCACGAUCCCGCAAUCCGAAUUACAGGCCAAAUAUGAUGCCGCCGUCAAGCGUUGGGAGGUCGCCAAGAAGGCCAUGCUAGAUGCCUGCUUGGAAAAGGAUGAGAAGAAGAAGAUAGCAGCACGAGAACCGAAUGGCACCAAGGAAUCUUAUCUUGCUUGGGCAGAAUAUUGCAAGACUGAUAUUGCUUUUGUUGAUAUGUUUGAACAAGAAUGCGCUGCUGAGUAUGAGAAACAUACCAGCUACGCUAAUUUAAUGCUGAAGCAAUAUGGUGUUGAUUCCAACGCGGCUCAGAUUGCAAUAUAUCGCGUAGAGCUAACCCGUACGAAAGAGUAUACAUUGAGUUGGUCCUCUCAAUAUUGGACGAAAUGGCAUCAGUUAAUGUUCAAAGCUUUACUGUGGUACUGGAACCUCAAGGCAGAGGCCUCUGAUGCAGAAGCAGAUGAGCUUGAGAAGGCAAAAGAUGAAUUUCGUGAUCGUAUAAGCAAUGAGUCCAAUGGUAAAGCCUUUUACGAAGCCUGGAAUGCGGUCGGUGCAGCACUGGAUAAGUGGGAAAAAACAGGUGAUCGUGCCGAUUGGGAUGAAGCCAAACCAAUUUACGAAGCCGAAUGGGAAAAAUGGAAUGAAUUUAUACCUAAGGGUGAACAAUAUGCCGCAGUUUUUGAGAAUCAAAUGCGAAGAUUAUCCACGGUUGCGGAAUCCGAAUUACAGACACAAUAUGAUGAGGCUGUCAAGAGCUGGGAGGCUGCCAAGCAGGCCACGAAAACUGCCAAGGUGGAAAGAGAUAAAAAAGAGAAGAUAGCGAAACAAAUACCGAGUGGAACCAAGGAAUCGCAUAUUGCUUGGGCAGAAUAUUGGGAAGCUCAUAUUACUUUUGAUGAAAAGUGUGAACAAGAGUGCUGCGCUUGUUGUAUAAAAUGUGAAGCCGCCGCACAUUUAAUGAUCCAACGGUACGGAGUUGGUUCUAAAGGAGCGCAGAUCGCAAUGUACCGCGCAGAUCUAGCCUAUACAAAGGAGUUUACUUGGUAUCGUUCCUCACCAUAUUGGAUAAAGUGGGAUAGGUUGGUAGCUGAAGCUAGGGCGCUGUGCUGGAAGCUUAGGGCAGCAGAAUUUCAAAAAGAAGCUGAUGAGCUUGAUAGGGCAAAAGAUGUAUUUCUUGAGCGUAUAAAGACAAGCAACUGCGAAGUCCUUUACCUAUCUCAUGAUGCAGCAGUUGCGGCACUGGAGGAAUGGGAAGAAGAAGAAGAUCGCAUCUAUUGGGAUAGGGCCAAACCAAUUUACGAAGCCGAAUGGGAAAAAUGGAGUGAUUUUAAGCAAAAGGGUGAACAAUAUGCUGCAGUACUUGAGAAACAAAUGCAAAGAUUAGCCACGGUUGCGGAAGCCCAAGUAGAGCUCAAAUAUGAUGACGCCGUCAAGCGCUUGGAGAUCGCCAAGGAGGCCACAGAAGGUGCCAGGUGGGAAAAGGAUGAGAAAAAGAAGUUAGCGAAACAAAAACUGAAUGGUACCAGGGAAUAUUUUCUUGCUUGGGCAGAAUAUUGGAAUGCAGAGAUAGAGUUUGUUGAAAGGUGUGAACAAGAAUUUGCGGCUGAGUAUGCGAAAAACACUAGCUACGCAACUUCAGUAUCCAUCCAACAGGGAGCUCAUUCUACAACAGCGGAGAUUGAAAGGUGCUGCGCAGAACUAACCCAAGCAAAGGAGUUUGUUUGGUGGGACUACUGUCCUUAUUGGAUAAAGUGGAACAAGUUGCUAUCCAAGGUUUCGCUCUGGUACUCGAUCCACAAGGCAACAGGUUGUAGUUCAGCUGCAGAUGAGCUUGAGAAGGCAAAAGAUAAAUUUUGUGAUCGUAUCAACAAUGAAUCCAAUGGUAAAGCCUUUCGCGAAGCCUGGAAUGCGGCCGUUGUAGCACUGGAUAAGUGGGAAAAAACAGGUGAUCGUACUGCUUGGAAUAGGGCCAAACUUAGGUACCAUGCCGAAUGGGAAAAAUGGAAUGAAUUUAUUCCCAAGGGUGAGCAAUAUGCCUCAGUGCUUGAGAAACAAAUGCGAAGAUUAUCCACGGUUGCGGAAUCCCAAUUACAGGUCAAAUAUUAUGACGCUGUCAAGCGCUGGGAGGCCGCCAAGCAGGCCACAGAAGCUGCCAAGCGGGAAAGGGAUGGGAAAAAGAAGAUAGCAGCACAAAAACCAAUUGGCACCAUGGAAGAAAAUCUUGCUUUGGCAGAUUCUUAUAAUACAGAGAUUACGUUUGUUGAAAGGUGUGAACAAGAAUGUGCUGCUGAAUAUGAGAUGCACGUAAGCCACUUAAAUUUAAUAUUCUACUAUCACGAUGUUGAUUCCAACGCAGCCCAGAUUGCACGAUACCUCGUAGAACUAACCCAAGCAAAGGAGUUUGUUUGGUGGGACUACUGUCCUUAUUGGAUAAAGUGGAACAAGUUGCUAUCCAAGGUUUCGCUGAGGUACUGGCAAAUCAAGGCAGCGGGUUGGGGUUCAGCUGCAAAUGAGCUUGAGAAGGCAAAAGAUGAUUUUUAUGGUCGUAUCAGCAAAAAAACCAAUGGUGAAACCUUUCGCGAAGCCUGGAAUGCGGCUGUUGCAGCACUGGAUAGUUGGGAAAAAACAGGUGAUCGUACCUACUGGGAUGAGGCCAAACCAAAGUAUGAUGCCGAAUUGGCAAAGUGGAAAGAAUUUAAGCCUAAGGGUGAACAAUAUGCUGCAGUACUUGAGAAACAAACGCAAAGAUUAGCCGCAGUUGCGGAAUCCGAACUGCAGACACAAUAUGAUGACGCCGUCAAGCGCUGGGAGGCUGCCAAGCAGGCCACAGAAGCUGCCAGGUGGCAAAGGGAUGAAAAAGAGAAGUUAGCGAAACAAAAACUGAAUGGUACCAAGGAAUAUCAUCUUGCUUGGGAAGAAUCUUGGAAUGCAGAGAUUGAGUUUGUUGAAAGGUGUGAACAAGAAUUUGCUGCUGAAUAUGAGAUGCACGUAGGCCGCUUAAAUUUGAUAUUCUACCAUUACGGUGUUGAUUCCAAUGCAUCGCAAAUUGCAAGGUACUGCGUGGACCUAACCCGCACUAAGGAGUUUGCAGUGGGACUACUGUCCUUAUUGGAUAACGUGGAACAAGUUGCUACUCAGGGUUUCGCUGAGGUACUAGCAAAUCAAGGCAGGAGGUUGGGGUUCAGCUGCAAAUGA